GGCAGAGAAGCCCCUCCUCUAGGGCGGAGCCUGCGUCAGCCCCGCCCUCACGCCGAGACAGAUGGAGCGAGGACGUGAGGCGACAGCUGGACACGCCGGAACCGUCCAACGACCCGUAUGGAGCCUCCUGUUACCUCUAUGUUGAGAACCCCACCCUUGGAGUCACCUGUUGGAGAGCUACGCCCGCUUCGCCUUGCGCAUGCGUAUUGCGCGCCGCAGGGGCGUGGAGUCACGUGUUAGGGCGCGAGCCGUCUCCGCCGCGGCGCUUCCGUCACGGCCGCCGCGGCGGCGGGGUGGCAGCGGGACCCUUGGGUGGUUCCGGGCAGGAGAAGGCCUAGGUUGGUUUCGGAUCCGCCACGAGGUAUCUAGGCUGCUGAGAUGCCAGGGCCAAGACCUCGGAAGGGCCCUCAGGCCAGUGGCCAAGGUGUGGCAGCUGCUAAGCAGCUGGGGCUCUUUGUGGAAUUCAGCCCUGAUGACAUGCUGCUGGGGGUGGAGGACACUGAAGAUGAUGGGGACCUGGAGGCUGAGCUGCUGGCCCUCACUGGGGAAGCAGGGACUACAAGCAGAAAGCCAGCACCUAAGGGGCACACCCCCUUGCCUAUGGCCCACAUCGAGAAGUUGGCGGCAGACUGUAUGCAGGAUGUGGAGGAGGAGGAGGAAGAGGAAGGGCUGGAAGAGGAUGCAGACUUGCUGACUGAGCUGCAAGAGGUCCUGGGUACAGAUGAGGAAGCUGGGCCCCUGGAUGGUGAUGAGACAGCCAGCCUGGGUGGCCGUGAGGAGGAGAAGGGACAGGAAAACAUUGAACCUCCAGUACAGACAGCUCUCCUAACAACUUCAGUUCCAGCAGCUCAGGCUGGAGGGCCUCAGGGGCUGCAGGCUCUGCUGGAAGAUCGGAUCCACAACUACUGGGAGGCCGCAGCCAGCGCUAAGGAAGCAGGUGAAGCUGCCAAAGCCAGGCGCUGUGAGCGUGGCCUGAAGACUUUAGAGUCCCAGCUGGCUGCUGUGAGGAAAGGAAGGAAGAUCAAUGAGGAUGAGAUCCCACCUCCAGUGGCCUUGGGCAGGAGGCCCCCAGCCGCCCAGGAAACAACCAACAGGAGCCCUGAGGCAGACCGCCCAGCUCCCCCCGCCAUGGAACCAGACCACCCUUCCCAACCUGAGACAUGCCUCUUGGGCAGCCCUGGCAUUUCUGCUCUACCUGAUUCAGACCCACAGUCCCUAUUGUUGGCCCGACAGAGAGAGUACAAAGUGGCUGCCCUGAAUGCUAAGCGGGCUGGAGACUUGGGCCGUGCCCGAGAGCUCAUGAAGAUUGGGAAGAGAUUUGGUGCUGUCUUGGAGGCCCUAGAGAAGGGGCAGCUUGUGGACCUGAGCGCCAUGCCCCCAGCACCUGAGGACCUGAAGCCCUUCCCACAGGCUUCUGAGGCCCUCACAGCACCCUCAGUUUUACCCCCAGCAGUGGAGCGAGUGCAGCCAGUCAUGGCUCCUGACACUCCAGCAACCCCAGCGACCCAUAAUGAGCCACAGACAGUGCUGGAUGCCCUGCAGCAGAGGCUGAGCAAGUACCGCGAGGCAGGCAUCCAGGCCCGGGGCAGUGGAGAUGAGCGCAAGGCCCGGAUGCACGAGCGCAUUGCCAAGCAAUAUCAAGAUGCCAUUCGAGCAUUCCAAGCAGGACGUAAAGUUGAUUUUGCCGAGUUGCCUGUUCCUCCAGGAUUCCCCCCCAUUCCUGGUCUGGAGCCCACUGCAGGCACUGAGGAGGAUGCAGUGGCAGCUACUUUAGCAGCUGCCCAGAAACUGGCCACCUCAGAGGACACAGCCCUGGCAGAGGAAGAUGGGGAUGAGGAUGAAGCUCCUUCCCAGGCCCCAGUGGCCAAGAAGCCAGCACAGCCUCUGGUCCCUUCAUCCCGGCCCCUGCCUGAGCCCAAGGCCUCGAGUUCUAAGGAGUCUCUGGGACCCUCUGUGCGGGAGCAGCUGGCACUACUAGAGGCACGGAAACUGCAGUACCAGCGGGCAGCCCUGCAGGCCAAGCGGGGCCACAACCUGGAACAAGCCAAAGCUCAUCUGCGGUUGGCCAAACACCUUGAGGCUCAGAUCACCCAGGUCCGAGCAGGCCGACCUGUGGAUCUCUCCAAGGUGCCUUCACCCUUGACGGAUGAGGAGGGUGACUUCAUCCUCAUUCACCAUGAAGACCUGCGACUCUCCCAAAAGGCUGAGGAGGUGUACACCCAACUACAAAAAAUGCUGCUGGAGCAACAUGAGAAGUGUCUGCUGUUCUCCAAGCAGUUCAUGCACCAGGGCAAUGUGGCCGAGACUACCCGGUUUGAGAAUCUUGCUCAGGACCGCAAGAAGCAGCUUGAGAUCCUGCAGCUGGCCCAGGCCCAGGGCCUCGACCCUCCUAGCCACCACUUUGAGUUGAAGACGUUCCAGACUGUGAGGAUCUUCUCAGAACUCAGCAGCACAGAAAUGCAUCUGGUCAUUGUCCGGGGAAUGAACCUCCCAGCCCCGCCAGGGGUUACCCCUGAUGACUUGGAUGCUUUUGUGCGGUUUGAGUUCCACUACCCUAACUCGGACCAGGCUCAAAAAAGCAAAACAGCUGUGGUGAAGAACACAAACUCUCCAGAAUUUGAUCAACUCUUCAAACUAAACAUCAACCGAAACCACCGGGGAUUUAGGAGGGUGAUACAAAGCAAAGGAAUCAAGUUUGAAAUCUUCCACAAAGGAUCUUUCUUCAGAAGUGACAAGCUCGUUGGCACAGCCCACAUGAAACUGGAACGGCUGGAGAAUGAGUGUGAAAUCAGAGAGAUCUUGGAGGUCCUGGAUGGAAGGAAACCCACUGGGGGCAAGCUGGAGGUGAAAGUGAGGCUGCGUGAGCCUCUGAGUGGCCAGGAUGUGCAGAUGGUCACCGAGAACUGGCUGGUCCUGGAGCCCAGGGGCCUGUGAGCACCACUCUGAAACCUGCAUUGUUGUACCAAAUUUUGAGAACUUGUUUUCCAAAUUUUGCAGGCAGAUCCGAAAAGAUCUUGCCCAUUAAAUAAAGGCAUCUUCUUUUAGGAUGAAA